AUGUUCAAUAAGGUUUUACAUAAAUAAGUUCCCUAAGAAUUAUAGAAACUUUAAACAAUAACAGAAGCUAUUUAAAAUUUUGAUGUUAGAUUUCCUGUUCCUGGAAGUCAGAAUCAAACAGGAUCAAUUUUGGCUAUAGAUUGUGAAAUGGUUGAAUGCAAAAAUGAGAUUGGAGCCAGUGUAUAAAUGCUUGCUAGAAUUACAGUAGUUAAUUAUAAUGGCUAUGUUGUUUUGGAUCAAUAUUACAAACCAAGAUUUAAAGUAAGAAAUUAUAUUACUCGAAUAUCUGGGAUAACUCCAUAAAUAAUUAAAGAUAAGCCAGUUUAUAAUGACUUUGAGAAAUAAAAACUUUAACUUUUAUUUAAAGACAAGACAAUAAUUGGACAUACUCUAAAAAGUGACUUUGAUGCUAUGGAAUUUGAUUUAUUUAAUGAAAGUAGACUUUUUGAAAUUAGAGGAGGGAUCAAGUAAUAUUCUCAAUUAAAUAAGGGUUUAAAAAAGAUGUGUUUGAAGUAUUUGGGUCAAAAUAUUUAAUAAGGACAACACAGUUCUGAGAUUGAUGCAAGAGCUACCUUGUUUAUAUUCAGGAAAUUUAGAAACGAAAUCAAUUUGCAUUAUAAAUAAUUGGAUUUGGAGCAGGAUAAAUAAAGAAUAUAGAAAAAGAAUUCUUAAAAGAAUUCAAAAAAUUAACGAAAAAGAUCAUAAAAGGAGGUACUAAAUAAGGAGAGUGAAAAUCAAAGGAAAUAAUGUAAUGAGCCUUUGUCACGGAAUGAUUAAUAAAAGCAAGUUCAAAUUUAAAAGAAGUAAAUAUCAAAAAAGAAAAGUUCAUGA